UAUAGUGUGGGUUGAAUUUAGGGUUUUGGUGCAGCAACUGCCACCAGAAAUUGGGAAUCUCUGGACAGAGAAGCGUGAGAAACGCCUAAUUUGGCUCAACAAGCUUUCUGAAAAUGGAGGAAAUCGCCACUUACACCAUCCUUCUCAAAUUAGCAAAUUUGACUCAGUCUCUCUCAAUUCCAAACUUGGGGGGUUUCCUACUCCAACAAAGAAGAAAAACAAGCUUCAUGAGGAGAAAGUCAGUAGGAAGUCUUUGAAACAGAGCAUUAAGGAGUAUCAUGACACAAAAACUUUAGCCUCAUUUGCCAACAUUUCCUUUAAAUCUGAUAGCAGUCGGCGAAGGUACAUAACUGAGGAGAUAAAAAAGUUAGGAAAAGGAAACAUCUCUGCACAAGUUUUUACAUUUUGUGAGUUAACUGCUGCUACAAAUAACUUCAACCACAAAAAUCUGUUGGGGGAAGGUGGUUUUGGAAGGGUUUACAAAGGCGUCUUUGAAAGCACAAAACAAGUAACGGCCGUGAAGCAACUUGACCGAAAUGGAUUUCAAGGAAACAGAGAAUUCCUUGUAGAGGUUUUGAUGUUGAGCCUUCUUCACCAUCCUAAUCUUGUGAAUUUGGUUGGGUAUUGUGCUGAUGGGGAUCAGAGGAUUUUGGUUUAUGAGUACAUGGCUAAAGGUUCCUUGGAGGAUCAUCUUCUUGAUAUAGCAUCAGAUAAGCCACCUCUGGACUGGAAGACAAGGAUGAAAAUUGCUGAAGGAGCGGCAAAAGGACUUGAGUACUUGCACGAAUCCGCUAAUCCUCCUGUGAUAUACCGUGAUUUCAAAGCUUCAAACAUAUUGUUGGACGAAGAAUUCAAUCCAAAGCUCUCUGAUUUUGGUCUUGCAAAGUUAGGUCCUACUGGGGACAAAUCUCAUGUUUCCACUAGGGUGAUGGGAACCUAUGGUUACUGUGCUCCUGAAUAUGCGCUUACAGGACAAUUGACGACGAAAUCAGAUGUCUACAGUUUCGGUGUCGUGUUUCUGGAGAUUAUAACUGGAAGAAGGGUUAUAGACAAUGCAAGACCAACAGCAGAACAAAAUUUAAUUACUUGGGCACAACCACUUUUCAAAGACAGAAGGAAAUUUACCCUAAUGGCAGAUCCAAAGCUAGAAGGAAAUUAUCCAGUGAAGGCUCUGUAUCAAGCUCUGGCAGUGGCAGCCAUGUGUUUACAAGAGGAAGCGAGUACUCGACCAUUGAUCAGCGAUGUGGUUACAGCUCUUGAAUAUUUAGCUGCAAAUAAGGAUGUCGAUUCAGAUGUAGAUGAUGAAUCAGAUUCGGGAUCGGUAUCAGGAUCGGGUUCAGCUUCUCCUGAUAGAAGUAGUACCAAUGGAGAUAAAAAUGUUGAUGUUGAGGAUGAUGGGAGGUGAUUUAGAAUUGGACAAAACAAAUAAGAAAAAUGAAGAUAUUAUGGAUCUCUGGCACUUGUGAUUGGGGCAGUUUGUCCCUCAUUUUCCUCCCUUUGUAAUAUUUUCCAAUAUGACAAGGCCAUUUUAAGGAUUUUGGAGUAAUGUGCAAAACGUAAUUAUGAUAAGGGCAGAAAAGUAAAAAAAAAAAAA